ACUUUUGUUCCUGGAUUACGGGCUCGGUGUACAUGUCCCAAAAGAAAUGGUACAUUAGCAGUUAACUUCCUCCUCCCCCUUUUUUAAGCUGAACUUCUCAUCUUGUUAAACCACUUGAAAUUCACUUACCUUGCUGAGGUUGGAGCCCCAAACGCACAGAAAACACUUUUUUUAAAGGGUGGGAUGGCAGAUGCGUGUUUGAUGCUCAUCAAAGCUGGACCAAAAAAUUCUGUUGCCUAGGAGAGAAAAUCCAAGUGGCACUUCCCUUCCCGCUCGUCAGGGUUUGUUUAUUAUUUCAUUAAAUUUAUGUACCGCUUGAUGGUAGAAAAUAAACCUCAGGGCAGUUUACGAAAAAGAUAAAGCCAAGAAAAAUGACAAAAUGACAAAAAAUUAAAACAUACAGAAGGAUAAAAGUGCAAUAAAAUAGACUAAAACAAUUUUAAACUCCUACAAACCUUCUAAACAUCUGUGCAGGCUUUCCACAGGUGCCUAAAGGAAUACUGCCACAUGGUAGGCACGGUUAUGUGUACUGACCAGUGUUAGGUCUGCUGCAGAAUGAGAUUUGCGCCACUUGUGCUCUGGUCCUCGUCCAGAUUGUCUGGAAAUCCUCAGAGUACCGAAGGGAUGCUUGGGCUCCCAAACACCGAGGAGGACGCUCAGGAAUGAUCAUGUUAACUGCCCAUUUCAUCUUGCCAUAAUCAGCCUUCCCUUGCUGCCUGUGUUCCUUUAAAUGUCAGGGACUAUUCCCUGUGCUAACUCCCACGAGAGUAUUCAGGAACACACCAGGUUCCAUCAGUCUUUGAGGGAAUCCCACCCUCUCAAAUGGGCUCUCCAGCCUUACAGGGAGGAAUUGCCACUAUUAGUCCAAUCUUAACCAGGUAAUGGUCGGACCAUGACAAGGGAGUGCAUCGCAGUCCCCCUAUCUUCAGUCCAUUCUUGUAUCACUUGGGGCAAAGAUCACAUCAAGAGUGUGCCUUGCCUGGUGUGUGGGACUGCUGACCAUCUGAGAAAAACCCAUGGUUGUCAUGGAGGCCAUGAAGUCUUCGCCUGGCCCGACAGCAGCCUCUGUGUGGACAUUGAAGUCACCCAGGAUUAUUGUUUUAGGGUCCUCCAACAGAGACUACCUCAGCCAGCCUGGUUCAGGGUUGCAAGGAAGUCAGUAGAGCAGCAGCAUCCCUGAUGUUUCUCUCCGGCUCAAUACCAAAGGCAGACCCAAGCCCAUUCCAAGGUCAAGAGGAGAUGGCGUUCUUGUAGAUAACACCAGCAUCCCCACCUUGACACCCACCCCCCAGUCUAGCCUGGUGCAGUAUGGGUAAGGUCAGGCCCACCCAGCUCACUCACCCAAGUCUCAGUAAUACAAGGCAAAUCAGUCCGCUCACCCGCAGUCAAGUCCGUUGUGGACUGAUUUGUGAUUCAACAACAGAACCACCAGAUCAGAGGGCUCAGUGGAUAUGCUACCAGAGAGUGUGUGAAUGUUCAGGGAGGUAGGAGAGGUUAUAUUGUUAAGUUAUAUCCUUCCCAACUUGUGUUCACAUGUUCUACAAUUUACCAGAGUAACAUUCCCCUUUUUAAACUUGUACAGCGGAUAAUGUCUUUGCUAGGUUUGUAUAAGCCUCUAAAAUACCGUAGGUUCCCUUGGUAAUUCCCCUUUAUUCCCUCAUAAAAAGAUAGACCACGACAGUCUUGUAUAGUUUACUCACAAAAGGAUCCCAGAAGGCAGACUUAGGUUACAAAUAAUAUACACCUGGAAUCUAUCCCAUAAGGAGAUACAGUAUAUUCCAGCGUAUAAGACGACUGGGUGUAUAAGACGACCCCAACUUUUCCAGUUAAAAUAUAGAGUUCGGGAUAUAUUUGCCAUAUAAGAAAUACCGCCCGGCAUAUAAGACGACCCCCGAUUUUUGAGAAGAUUUUCCUGGGUUAAAAGGUAGUCUUAUACGCAGGAAUAUACAGUAGUUCCUUUUUCCUCUCUUGGCUGGGAGCCAAGAGAGCAUCUCAGGCUAAGAAGAUAUUCUUCAAGGAAUGGAGUCAGAGAGAGAGAGAUGUCUGCCUCCCCUGAGGUAUUUUGUUACCUGCACAGGUGAGGCCACACCCACCUUUGGUCACAUACAGAUGAAGUCUGUCCCAGCCCAGGAGGAAACAUGAACUUCCAACUGGCUGGUCCAGACAUCCCCUUUUUUUAUGUCCACUCUAGGAAUGUUGUAUUUGACUGCUCUGUGUUUCACAUCCCACAGAGAGUUCUGGUGGAGUGAAAGGGCUGGAACAAAGAACAAAGCCCCCCAACUCCAGUCAUGCUUUCCCCUCCCUACCACCACUGGAAUUGUAGCAGACUCACAACUGCCACUCCACUCAGGAGCAUUACCUAGGGUUGCCAUAUUUAAAAAAGUGAAAAUCUGGACAGAAAAGUUGUUGAUGCCACCAUUCAUGGACCACAGAACAGUAAACUAAGGCCCAGUGCUAAUAGGCACCCCACACUUUCAGAGGUAGAUGUUAAAUCCACUAGCUACUCUCCUCCCCUUGCCUCUCACUCAGCCAGCAGUUAAAACACUAACCCCCACUACAAACAGCGCAAACACUGCAAUCGGAUGAUACACAGGCCCAACAGCUGUUGCAGCACAAACACACUUGCUGGCUAGGAGAGAAGACCAGGCAAGGAGCGCCAGCCUCUUCCUGUUUCUCUGUGGGUCUGCUCUCCAAGAAUGAUUUAUGGUUGUAACAUUUGGGGGCUUUUUAGUUUAGAGAAAAGGUGAGGAGAGGAGUCAUGAUAGAGAUGCCUAAAAUAAUCCUUGGCUUGGAGAAAGUUUUUCUCCCUCUCCUAAAACACCAGAACUCAGGGGCACCCAAUGAAACUGCAUGCUGGAAAAGUCAGGACAGAUGAAGGAAAGCCCUUCUUUGCACAGUGCCAAGUUGAACUAUGGAAUUCGCUUUCAUGAGAUGUUGCAAUGGCCACCAACUAGGAUGGCCCAUUUAAUGGAGAAUAAGGCUAUCCAUAGCUGAAAACCUUAAUGCAGGCAUCCCCAAACUUCGGCCCUCCAGAUGUUUUGGACUACAAUUCCCAUCAUCCCUGACCACUGGUCCUGUUAGCUAGGGAUCAUGGGAGUUGUAGGCCAAAACAUCUGGAGGGCCGCAGUUUGGGGAUGCCUGCCUUAAUGGCUGUGCUUUGUUUUCAUUCUUGGAGGCAGUGUGCUUCUGAAUACCAGCUGCUGGAAACCACAGGAGGAGAGAGAGAGAGAGUUGUUGCCCUCAGGUCCCCCUUGCAGGCUUCCUUAGGCUGCCGUGAGAACAGGAUGCUGGAGUGGAUGGGCCGCUGGCCUGAUCCAGCAGGCUCUUCUUACAUUUUUAAUCUCGCUCAUCCCUUUGGCAUGGCAAGAAGGGAGACGGGUUCUGUUGAGUGAGCUUAGUCUCUGGACCUGGAGCUACAGGCAAAAGUCAAAUGCUUCUUACUUCCAAGCUACAGGGGUUAGUGAGAAGCUUCCUCCUCCACCUUGCAUUUUUUACUUCCAUGCCUGGGGGCUGCUCUGAGUGUUUGUAGGGCACAAAAGCAGAGCAGGUCCAUGCACCUGUGAGAUGAAGGGGUAAAGGUGGAUGUGCAUUGGCUUGCUCUGCACACAUGGUACAUGCCAAGAUUAGAGAAGGUGCAGAGGCAGAGCGAGCCUCUGAUUUUCUGCCUCUCCUUCCUAGCCACAAGGUUGAAGCUAGAAAGAGGAGCAGAUUCUCCCAUGAGCUUGCUGUGAGUUCGACACUUGGGAUAAAGAGGGUCCCAGUUGAUUAAUCUUUGACUGGCCAGGAAAUCACAUUCUGUUGAUUGCUGCCACUAAUUAACACCGGGGACAGCCUACAGACAUGAGGUAUUAUCCCUGUGUAGCCACCAUUGAAACAAAUAUUUAUGCCCAUGGAUCAGAAUUGCCUGUUUCCCACUCUGCUGUCUGUCUCUUCAAUGGCCAAGUUUGGAUUACUUUCUUACUAGGCAGAAACUAUUCAACAUUUGCAAAGGGGGUAUGUAGAACUCAUUGCACAUGGGUCCAGAUGUUGCAGUCAGCAUGCUACAUGCAACCUGGGAAUCUAUGAAGUGGGAAGGGUGGACACAGUCCUGUCCCCCCCCCCCACUGUUCAUAGCAUCUGUGCAGCAUGAGGACUGUGUGAACUGGGCCAUAACCAGCCUUCCCUUGCUUUAUAGCUGGGCUGCCUCUGUUCCUUGAAAUGUCAGGGACUGUUCCCUAUGCUAGCUCCCACCAGUCCACAUCACAAUGAAUACAGGACUGAUACAGACCUGCUAGUCCACCAUGGCUGUAUGCAUUUCUUCUUCUUCUUCUUCUUCUUCUUCUCCUUCUCCUUCUCCUUCUCCUUCUCCUUCUCCUCCUCCUCCUCCUUAAAUUUUUAUACCGCCCUAUACCUGGAGGUCUCAGGGCAGUUCACAGAACAAAAUCAAAAUAUAACACCACAAAAUAUAUAAUCAAAAUAAAAACAACCUAAUAACCCCACCCCCCAAAAAACCCCACGUUUUAAAAGGGCGUAGGAUUUGUCAGUGAAAUCAACCAAAGGCCUGGUUAAAAAGGAACAUUUUUGCCUGGUGCCCAAAGGUGUAUUAUGAAGGUGCCAGGUGAGCAUUCCACAGACGGGGAGCCCCUGCAGAGAAGGCCUGUUUUCAUUUUGCCACCUUCCAAACCUCUCGAGGCACGAAGAAGAGUUUCAGAAGUUGAUCUCAGGGUUCAUAUGGAAAGAGGCAGUCCUUGAGGUAUUGCAGAGUCCUGAGCCAUUUAAGGCUUUAUAGGUCAAAACCAGCACUUUGAAUUGGACCCAGAAACUAAUUGGUAGCCAGUGCAGUCGGACUAGGAUCAGUGUAAUACCGGUAUUGCUCCAGUGAGCAAACUUGGCUGCUGAAUUCUGCACUAGCUGAAGUUUCCAAAUUGUCUUCAGAGGCAGCCCUACAUAUAACGCAUUUAUAGCGUUAACACAUUUCAAGCAUGCACACACACACACAAAUAGUUCUGGGAGCUGUAGAUUGCUAAGGGUUCUGUAAGCUAGCUCUGUUAACUAAAUACAGUAAGCCCGCAAGAUUCCAGAGGAUCUUGCCUAGGGCUCUCGUACCUAUGGGACCACCUCUCCUGGUAUGCCCCGCGGAGGACCUUAAGGUCCAUAAAUAACAACACUUUUGAAGUCCCAAACCCCAAGGAGGUUAGAUUGGCCUCAACCAGGGCCAGGGCCUUUUCAGCUCUGGCCCCGGCCCCGGCCUGGUGGAAUGCCCUACUGCAGGAGAUCCGGGCCCUGCGGGAUUUGACAUCUUUCUGCAGGGCCUGCAAGACGGAGCUGUUCUGCCUGGCCUUUGGGCUGGACUCAGUCUAACCCCCUCCCCUCUCAUUUAUUUAUUUUUGAUGGAACCCUUAUAUGGGAUUUGUAUAUAAUUUUUCCUCGGCUCUUUUUGCUGGCCCAUGUAGGACCAGCAUGGAUAGUUGGCCCCGGUGAAUAAUUGACGUUUUCUCCCCUUAUGGCUUUGAUCUAUAGGCAACCACUAAAACGAGGCUGCAUUUUAAGAUGCAUUUUAAACUGUAUUCUAACUUAUAUUUGAAUCAGCUGGUUUUUUUGUUUUUUAAAAAAUGUUUUUACUGUAUUUAUAUUCAGUGUUAGCUGCCCUGAGCCCGGUCUUGGCUGGGGUGGGCAGGGUAUAACUAAAUAAAUAAUAAUAAUAAUAAUUAUUAUUAUUAUUAAAGCCAAAAUUUUGUAUAGUCAAAACCCAUUGGGUUCAAUGGCGGGUGGGAUGGCCAAAGUAAUCUUCCCCUGAACCUUUCCCCCUCCCCCUCCCCCCCUUCUCAUUUUUAUUUUUGCCACUUGUGUAAAGCUGAAUGGACACGAGUUCAGUGUGCAUAAAUUGUGGGUUUACUGUAUGCUUUAAAUGUGUGGUGUGCAUGUGGCAGAAGUUGAAUUCCACAAGCUUCCUGAAGAAAGGUACCUGCUGUUUGCAGUUCUUGCAAGUGUGUUCUGCACUUCAUCACAAAAGCAGCAGACCAGGACUGUGGGAAGUUCCUACCUUAAAGCAUCCUUAUUCAGCAGACCAUUCCCUUUCAAAUUAGCGAGAUUUGCUUUCAAUCAACAUACUUAGGUUCUGGUGUAAAAUUAUGUUGAUCUACCCUGCCGAAAAGAGUAUUGCAUUAGAAUGAACAAGUGCCAACUGUAAACAAAUAAGAUUCCCACCUUGAAUCUCUCUACCCCCCACUGGCCCUACAAAUUGGUAUUCAAGUCGUAUGAAAAGGUAGCAUGAUGCAAGUGAAUGGGCACAGCAAAAAUACUCUAUUUAAAUAUUGGAGUUCAUACUAGCCAUUGGCUUUGAGUGCCAACCCUGUUUAUGUUGAUCUGGAGGUACAGUCCUGGGUGUGGGUGGGUGUGAGAGAGCGAGAUGGAGCAGCAUAUUCCAUUGUGCUAAAUUUACAGAUUGCCUGUGUAAGUAGAGGGAAAGACUUCAGAUAACUUUUGUGGCUAAACAGUUUGCUUCUUUAAGCUGCCCUUUAUUUGAAAGUGCACAGCUAAUCAACAGCCUCGCUUUAUUUUCAGCAUCUGAAAGCUUCCUACAUAUUUACGCACUUGUUAGAAUCACUUUUUUGGCUGCUUUAAAUAACAGCUACCUCUUGCGUAAAAACUGAAGGCACCAUAGGCCACAACACCGACUGAUCUUAUUGACAAAGAACUAGGGCCUGUCUUACAGUGUGAAAUAAGCUGGUCUAACAUGUGACUUUGUGGCCCCUUUGAAAAGAAUAUUAUCCUUUAAAACUGUGUUUAAUCUCUAUUUCUCUGUCUAGCAUACGGAUCAUAACGUUCCCAGUCGUGAAUCAUAGUAGGUGUGUGUCAUCAGAAAAACAACAACCCUCUUUUAUUAUAAUUCUCACAGUACAGUAAACCGCCAUAAUAUUUUGUGACUUGUUGUCUCACCAAGAGGUCUGGGAAUGAGGUGUAGAUAAGAGUUAGAAAUUUUUUUUUUUAGAAUGGGGGAAGAAAUUCAAAACGCACAGUGUUAAGGUGCUUCUUCAAACCAUAGGUCAAAUAGGCAUGGCUGUAAAUCUCUUACAGGUGUUUGCUUGCUAUUAUGUUGUGGCUGAAUCUUUCAUCGGCACCUUGGGAUGAUGCUGGUGUCCAGCAUGGGAUGUCUUCCUUUCACGCCUUUCAGCUAUUUUUCUUUUCUUUUAAGAAAGUUGUAUAGCAUGCUAGAGAUAUGAGGGGAGUGGUGAGGCUGAGGAAUGUCUUUCCAAAUAUGUGUGCCUGCAAAACAGUGUGUGGAUUGAAAUUAUUCACACCGUUGCUAAGGAACUCUGACCACUGUUACAUUCAAUUUUGUAUUUUUGCACGGCCUGUGGGUUUAUUCAGCAAUUUCAGCACAGGAACAGGAGGAAAAAGCUAUCUAUUUUCCCAAUGUGGCAAUAACUUAAUUUAGCUUUUUGUCCCUGUCAUUUGAAAAGAGUUCUAUUGGAACACUCAGAUUUUCAUAGCUUCUCAGCUGCUUGCAUAUACAUAGCCAGCAGAGGGAGCUCAUAUCAUUACAUACUGUAUUUGGCCCUUGCAACUAUUGGCCUCUUCUGGAAUCUGAAGGAGGAGGCUUUAACAGUAGAAAGCUGCAGUCAAACGCUUUCUUUUCUGCAGGUGUAAUUCUUGCCAUCUCACUUGGAAGUUUAGCACACAAAUUAACUGGUGUCCUAGAACACUUUUAAAAUUGGAUUCAAAUUUUAACCUGCACUGUUGUCUUUCUUGGUUCACAAGCACUGCUUUAAACAAGGCGGGGGGGAGGGGGGAGAAAGUAGCAGAGCAAAUGAGAACAAACGUUCCAGAACUGUAUGAAUCUCAUCCAACAGUGUUGGUCAGUAAGGUGUAGAAACAGAUUUCAGCUUUCCUCUCUCCCCUCCUUGCCCCCUCCCUAAACGGAAUAAGAUCUGAAGCAGAUUUAUCUCAUAGCAUGUCAUAUGUGAACAAAAAUAUAUCCAAUAAUAGAUCUAUUGCUCCACGCUUGAUAAUCGCCUGACGGCUUUCCCAAGAGGAGCAAUGUAUAUUUAAUUUAUUAUUAGUUGUUAUUCAAGGGAGUUGGUUUUUCUGUUACACGAGCGGCUGUCGCAGGCUGGCGUUCUCCUUCCGCCUGGAAUAUUCUGUUGAGCCCUGUUUAUUUUCUUUUACCAAAUUAGAGAUAAGCACUGUCUCUCCUUCUGUAGUUAGUUGGCAGUGCCCACUUGUGAGGUGCAACCGGAGCUUUAUCGGUGAUGAGUAACAAAUACGGUCAGGAGAAUUCUGGGCUAAUUCGAUUGCUUGUUUGUGUGCAGGCUGCACACAAUUGUCCGGAGGAAGCUGAGUAACGGAUUGUAUAUUACCUUGGCAGGUCGCGUUCCUUUGCCAUGUCUGCUGACUAAUGUAGGUGACAUGACGGGGGAGAAUCUGUGGGAGAAGGUGGUGCUUAACCCUUGCCCCGCUCGCUGCUCCCCCUCCAUACAAACUCCUCCUUUCCAAGCUUUUCCUCCUGGCUAUGCUUAUUCCAUACUUUUUGAAAGUGAUCUGGAGCAGGGUGACCCAUCUUUUUUAGAUCAACAUGGACCCCGCGGGCCACAUUGUGCAUGUGUGCAGGGGGCGGGGUGGGGGAGCAAGGCCAGAAUUUGACACACACACACCCUAGCCCUUGCCCUGCUUUCCCAAAGCCAGCUAAGCGAAGUGUCAGCCUUUGGAAAGGAGGCACAAGGCUCUGGCAGGGUCCGAGGCCCUCCCACCUCCUUCCCAAAGCUGGGAAAGCACAACUAGGCUUUGGGAAGGAGAGUGAUUUCAGUGGGUCUGUUCUGUGUAAGGUUAGAUGCCACCCCUUAAUUUCAACCCUUCAGUCUCAAGCCAUUUCUGUAGUUUCCGUUGUCAAAUCAUUACAAAGCAAGCUACAAAGAGCAGCUACUGACACCGCCACAUGUUGAGAACUUUUGCUUCUGUUGAAAGCAGUACUGCAACUUACUUUGAGGGCGGUGGGGAUAAAGUUGCUUUUCACAUUCUUGUGCUUUUUGUUAAAAGUAGCAGUUAAGUUUGAAUUUGAGCUUUGGCAAAAUAUUUAGGAGAAAGGUAUGUGGGAGGUAGAAAUUUAUCAAGUGGGAGUGAAGGGGAAAGUUGCCUGUAUUCGGCUAAUAGACUCUGCUUCUUCUAAUUGCCUGUUGAAGUGGGGAAUCCAAUGGUGGUUUAUGAAGCUCCAUGCAAGCAAACUGGGGGAACUUCAAGAGCAAACCAGUGCAAGGAGAGGAGUGGAGCCUCGCAAAAAAACCCACAGUGCAUGUGCAGAAACAUUUGAGCGUGCUUUGGACUGUUGGGAACAUGGCUUUCCUUUCAGAGUUUGGGGUCACUCAUCUGUUGCCCAACAAGUGGUCCAGUGGGUUGGACCUGGGUCUGGUAGCCAAAUCUCCCAGUUCCAGCUCAGGUGCAUUCUCCCAAGCUCUUAUAAAUUCAUAGAAUUUUUUUUUAAUGCACUGAUGCUCCUCAUGUUUGGUUUAUGGAACUGUAGUUAUUGGGGGAAAUGAUAAAGCAUACACUGUUAAAACAGAACCAGGUUUUAUUGGUAUAAAUGACUAUAGUCACCAUUUGUAAUAUACUGGUUUUUUUAGAAUGCAUUAUGAUACUCUUCUGUUUACAUAAAACACACAAAUGGAUUAUUUGGCUGUAUUUUGCCAAGUAUUUUAUUCUCUAGACUCAGGAACCAUAUUUCAGUGGGUAGAGCACAUGUUUUGCCUGCAAAAUAUUAUAGAUUAAUUCGGUAUAAAUGAAACUUGGGUAAUAAGGUAGGGGAAAGCCUCUCUUUGAGACCUUAAAGAGCUGGUGCCAGUCACAAUAGUAGCAGGGACAAGUAACUUGUGGCCUUACAGGUGUUUUUGGACUCCCAUCAGCCUCAGCAGUGUUUCUCAAACUUGGGUCCCCUGCUGUUGUUGGACCACAACUCCCAUCAUCCCUAGCUAGCAGGACCAGUGGUCAGGGACGAUGGGAGUUGUAGUUCAACAACAGCUGGUCACCCAAGCUUGAGAAACACUGAUGCAGUGAAUAAACUUUUGACAGUAGAAAAAGAAAUAAUGGUCUCUUGACUAAUUGAACAACAGACAAGAUAGCUGUCUUUGUGUGACCAGAGUUGCGGCCAGUGCUAAGCCACAUUGUGCACAGAUGGUACCUAAUUGUGUGGUAGUCCUGAGCAGUGUUUUCAAAAUGCAAAAUGCCAUGGUAAUUGGGGGGUAGGUUUACUGCCAUCCCUACUUAGUCACCUUGAGAUUUGCCACCAACAAAAACUUUAUUAAUGUGCAGAGUAUUUUUCCUUUUACAGUAUAAUGCCUGUGGUUGACUUUCUCUUUUUUAAGCUGUUUUAAAAGUUCUAUUGUCUAACUGGUAGGGUGUGAAACCUGGUUAGUGAUGGUGUUUUGUGUCUGUAGUCAAAACAGUUGGUGGCUGCAAGUGUGCUGCUUACUGGAGCAGUCAUCUGCCUCGUUUCCAGCCUUUGCAGAAUACUUAAUCAUAUUGCUGUCAUUCUCUGACGGUGUCCGUAAUGUGAAUCAUUUCAUGUUCCAGCAGUACAAGUUGUUUACAGUCGCCCUAGAAUUGGAUUAACUUGGCAGGCUGGGCCUCGGUUGCAAAUACAAUUGGAGUGGAUACAGUUUGAAGAUUGUUUUCAACCAAACUUGAAACUAUGUUUAUCCAACUCUCUCAGAACGAAGACACGGUUCAAUGUGUAAGCCUUCCCCAUCUCCAGCUUCUCCACCCAGCAAUUCCAGGGCAUCAUUUAUACAGAUGAAACCGAGAUCCUGUAUCAGCGGCCAUAACCCUGUCAAUAACAACUCAAAGCCAUUCAAAACGCCCAAAGACAAUCUAAUUACCUCCACUAGCAAACAGCACAUGGUCUUUUCUUCGAAAGUAUCAAGGGAUAAACCUUGUGUUCCUGUUCCCGUAGUCAGUCUAGAGAAAAUUCCUAACCUAGUGAAGGCAGACGGUGCCAAUGUUAAAAUGAACUCUACAACCACUACCACCAGCUCCACCUCCUCAGCCUCUUCAUCUACCACACUUGCUCCAAUUAAAUCUGCUUUGACAUGUAAAUCGGUGCCACCAUCGCCAGAAAAGAUUUUGAAUGGCAAAGGCGUAAUAGCUCCAUCAAUAGACAAGAAACACCAAAAUGGCACUAAAAACAGUAACAAGUCUUACAAGAGAGUUUCAGAGAGAGAGUUUGACCCAAAUAAACAUUGUGGAGUAUUGGAUCCUGAGACAAAGAAACCCUGCACAAGAUCACUCACCUGCAAGACUCAUUCACUUAAUCACCGGCGAGCAGUUCCAGGCCGUAAAAAACAGUUUGACAUUCUCUUAGCUGAACACAAAGCUCGAUCCCGGGAAAAAGAAGUAGCAAAAGACAAGGAGCAUCCACAAUGUAUAAGGGAAACUCAUCAGCCCCAGCCUGUGCUAGUCCAAGACACUCUGUCAGGAACAUCAGUGAACUCUGGGCAAGAGCCCAAAGGGACAUCGCCUGCAAAAUCAAGACUGCCCAAUUCAGCAUUUCCUAGGCCUUCCUCUGCAAACAGCAUAAAUAGCACUAGUUCUUCAAACCAUGGUGGCUAUGCUCAAGAACUGCCUUUGCCUUCUAUGGGAGGAGAUCUGCCUAGCAGAUUAUCUAGUGAUGAGGGUGAAGCGGAGGGAUCCGAAGAAUCUGAGAAGUUAGACUGUCACUAUUCCGGACACCAUCCUCGACCUCUUGGGUUUUGUUCAUUUGGAAGUCAUUUGAUGGGAAGAGGUUACUAUGUAUUUGACAGAAGAUGGGAUCGUUUUCGACUAGCACUGAAUUCCAUGGUAGAAAAACACUUAAACUCACAGAUGUGGAGGAAAAUCCCUCCUGCAGUGGACAGUCCGAUGCCCUCUCCAGCAGCACAUAUCUCCACCCCUUUUCCAGCAUCAGUUUUGCAACCUUUCAGCAAUCCUAGUGCAGUGUAUAUUCCUUCGGCGCCAGUCAGUUCAAGAAUACCUUCUUCCUACUUGAUGACUUCUGCCAUGUUGUCAAACGCGGCUUUUGUGACUGCAUCGGAUACAAAUUCCAUUAUGUCACACACUACGGCAUUCCCUCACGUGGCUGCCAGCCUGAGUAUUAUAGACUCAACAUUUAAGACCCCGUCGGCCCUGUCACCUGUGCCAGCGGUUAUCCCUCCCCCAUCCCACAAGCCAUCCAAAACGAAAACCAGCAAAUCCUCAAAAGUCAGAGAUCUCUCGUGCCGCGGUGAUGAGUCUUCUAGUAACAAAAAGAAAAGGCCGCCCUCUUCUUCUUCCUCGCUGUCUGUGCAGACUUCCUCGUCCCCCUCCUCUUCCUUUUCAGGGUCUCACAAAAAGAACUGCGUCUUGAACCCCAGUUCAACCUUGAACUCUUAUCAGGCCACAUCUUCCUAUAACAGUCUGUCUGUGCACAAUGCAAACAAUGGAACAACCCCACUCAGUGCCAAAUCGGAGCCCUCGGGAGGCCGGACUUCGUUAUCAAGUAGCUCAGCAGACUCUGUGAAACACAUGAGCAUCGUAGUAAGCAGUAUUGACGCCUCUGGUUUGUCUGUGCCCUCCCUCCUCCACCAUUCAGGGGACCACUCCCUAACAGCACAGCACACCGUGCCCUCUCUCCCCCUUUGUUUUGACAAAUCGGAAGGGAAAAAACGCAAAAACUCUAGUUCUAGUAGCAAAGCCGGUAAAAUCACUAAAAUGCCUGGUAUGAAUAGCGUUCACAAAAAGAACACUGCCAACCUUAUUUCUACGGUGCCAGAUACUCCAAACAGCUCCAUCUCUCGGCAGAUUGGAAAAAAUAGCAGUGUAGCUUUGUCUCAGUCCAGUCCUUCAAGUACACCAAACCCGGUGCACAACAAACAAGUGAGUUGCAGUUUACAAAUUUUACUGAAGUGGUUAUAUAACCAGUUUGUUGACCAGUGAUUUUAAUAUAAACUACUGAAGCUAAUCUUGCUGCACACGUUUAUUGCAUUAUAAUAAGUACUGAUUUAAUGCAGGCUUCUAAAAAGCCACUCAUCUCAGUCUGGCAAGUCAGAAUUCUGCCUAGCCAACUGUCAGGAAGGUUCUGUAAACUGGAAGUAUGUUGGGUUUUGGGGUGAUACCUAUGACCUCUGGUUUGAGCAUGAAUUACUCAGUUUAGUGGGUGCUGCAAAAUGUGGGGUUCAUGCUGCAAAAUGACUACAAAACUUUGGUACCAGUUUGGAGGGUAUCCCAAAUUUGGGGGUUUGUAGUUAAUUAAGUUCAUGUAGUGGAGCAAAAUGUUGCA